UAUCCUUAUACUUUGUUCAGUGCGACCUUACACAUUUCGGGUUUGAACUUUUCGUUGGGAAUAAGUGGUACAGCUUACAUGACAUAUUUUAUAUUUAACCGCUGUACUAUAAAUUUGUGUGUUCGACCCUCGACGAGCGCCUUCGAUAUAGCAUCACCCAACGAAUUGAACCCUGAUGACUCGAGCUUAGCGAGGCCUCUUACCGAAUAAAAAACAGAGACUCUCGAUUAUCCGAAUUAUUUACUGAGGUCCCGACAAGUCUGGACAAUCGAGGUUGGACUGCAUUAUAAAGAUUUGAGCAUGGGCAAAGAGCAUUAUUCACAGUGACUUAAUGCUAUCUACCAAAGCAAAUACUCAAUUUUUAUCUCUCCAAUGAGAUAAACUUUGUAACUAAACAAAGACCCAAUGGAAAGUCAGGACAGAUCUGUCCACUUUGUUCCCGAUUUUGAUUUAGAUUCAUCAGCCACUAUGGUGGUUCCUCAAGGCCAAGGAAAUCAAGAGUGUCAACAUGACAGCUCUCCAGGGGACAAUUUGCAGAAUGGUAAAAAAUUGAGACCAAAAGACGAAGCUGGAAAGGGACAAGCUAAUGAAAAUGUUGGUAAUACCUAUGAUAACUCAGGCGAUUUUUGUAAGGCCAUCGAGUACCAUAAGCGUCGUCUACAAAUUGCGAAAGAAGUGGGGGAUAAAGCUGGAGAAGGACAGGCCUAUGGAAAUCUUGGCAUUGUUUAUCGUUGGUUAGGCCAUUUUCAUGAGGCCAUUCAGUACCAUGAGCGUCACCUACAAAUUGCGAAAGAAGUGAGGGACAAAACUGGAGAAGGACAGGCUUAUAGAGAUCUUGGCAUUGUUUAUCGGGAGUUAGGCCAUUUUCAUAAGGCCAUCGAGUACCAUGAGCGUCACCUGAAAAUUGCGAAAGAAGCGGGGGACAAAGGUGGAGAGGGACGGGCCUAUGGAAACCUUGGCAAUGCCUAUAAGAGCUUAGGCGAUUUAUAUAAGGCCAUUAAGUGCCAUGAGCGUGACCUACAAAUUGCAAGAGAAAUGAAGGACAAAGCUGGAGAAGGACGGGCCUAUGGAAAUCUUGGCAUUGCUUAUCGUGGGUUAGGCGAUUUUCAUAAGGCCAUCAAGUACCAUGAGCGUCACCUACAAAUUGCGAAAGAAGUGAGGGACAAAAGUGGAAAAGGAAAAGCCUAUGGAAAUCUUGGCAUUGCUUAUCAUGGGUUAAGCGAUUUUCAUAAGGCCAUCGAGUACCAUGAGCGUCACCUACAAAUUGCAAAAAAAUUGGGGGACAAAGCUGGAGAAGGAGGGGCGUAUGCAAAUCUCGGCAAUGUCUAUUAUAGCUUAAGCUAUUUUCAUAAGGCCAUCGAGUACCAUGAGCGUCACCUACAAAUCGUGAAAAAAGUGGGGAACAAAGCUGAAGAAGGAGGGGCCUAUGGAAGUCUUGGCAAUGCCUAUCAUAGCUUAGGCGAUUUUCAUAAGGCUAUCGAGUUCCAUCAGCGUGGCCUACAAAUUGCAAAAGAAGUGGGGAACAAAGCUGGAGCAGGACUGGCGUAUGGAAAUCUUGGCAAUGCCUAUCAUUGCUUAGGCAAUCUUCUUAAGGCCGUCGAGUACCAGAAGCGCCAACUACAAAUUACAAAAGAAGGGGGAGACAAAGCUGGAGAAGGACGGGCUUGUGGAAAUCUUGGCAAUGCCUAUUAUCGCUUAGGCGAUAUUCAUAAGGCCAUCGAGUACCAUGAGUGCGACCUACAAAUUGCGAAAGAAAUUGGGGACAAAGCUGGAGAAGGAGGGGCCUAUGGAAAUCUUGGCAAUGCCUUUGAUAGCUUAGGCGAUUUUCACAAGGCCAUGGAGAAUCAUAAGCGAUGUCUACAAAUUGCGAAAGAAAUUGAGGACAAAGCUGGAGAAGGAAGGGCCUAUGGAAAUCUUGGCUAUUCCUAUUAUUGCUUAGGUGAUUUUCGUAAGGCUAUGGAGUAUUAUGAGCGAUGUCUACAAAUUUCAAAAGAAAUUGGGGACAAAGCUGGAGAAGGAAGGGUCCUUGGAUAUCUUGGCAAUGCCUAUCGUAGCUUAGGUGACUUUUAUAGCGCCAUUGAGUACCAUGAGUGUCACCUACAAAUUGCAAAAGAAGUGGGCGACAAAUUUGGAAUUGCAGUAUCACUGAAUAAUCUUGGUGACGUUUUAGUAGAUCAAGGAUCCCCUUUGAGUGCCCUCGAUUGCUUUAGUUCCAGUUUGUCAGCGUUGAAUGAAGUAAGGGCUCAUCUCCAGUUUAAAGACGAUUGGAAGAUUAGCUACCGCGAUACGUAUAAUAAUGUAUACAUUAGUUUAUGGCGUCUACAUUUAAGCCAGGGUAAAUUUAUCGAUUCCUUAUGUGUUGCCGAGGAUGGACGGGCACAGGCCCUGAGGGAUCUCAUUGAGGCAAAAUAUGGGUGUGAAGAGGUAUACUCCUGGUCUCAUUCCUCAGGAAAGUUAACUAGUUCCUAUGUUAGAUCCAUUCCCUUGACAACAGUUUUCAUGGCGUUCGGUAAAGGAGAAAUUAUUUUCUGGGUGAUAAGGAAGGAUGAAGAGGUCACCUUGAGAAGAAAAGAGAUUAGCGACUAUGAAUCAGAAAAAGACGCGAGAACUUUCAUUUCGACUUUAAACCAAAAUGCGUUGGAGGAGAUUGGUGUACGCUCUGGCGUUAAAAUCGAAAAUCGCUCGCUUGGUGAUGUGUGUGACGUGGGAUCGAGGAGUGAAAGGGCCCCUAUUCGAGUUUCUCGGCCUGUAUCACCAAGAGAAAGCCUAAGGAGCUUUUAUGACGUUAUCAUUGCUCCUGUUGCUGACCUGGUUCAUGGAAAUGACCUAAUACUCGUUCCCGAAGGUCCACUUUGUUUGGUACCCUAUGCAGCUUUAUUGAACCGAAAGCGGGAGUAUCUGAGUGAGACGCUAAGGAUCAGAAUCACUCCAUCCUUGACUACUUUGAAAUUACUCACUGAUUGUCCAACUGACUUCCAUAACAAGACCGGCGCGCUGCUUGUAGGAGAUCCGUGCGUAGAAGAAGUUCGCUAUGAAGGAAGAAAGUGGUGUCAGCUGCCAUAUGCAAAGAAAGAAGUAGAGAUGAUUGGCAGAAUCUUAGGAACGGCUCCCCUCGUCGGAGAAAAGGCCACUAAAGAUGAAGUUUUGAAGCGACUAUCCACGGUGGCAUUAGUGCACAUCGCUGCUCAUGGAAAAAUGGAAACAGGAGAAAUUGCCUUGGCACCAAACCCUGUUCGGGAAUCCCAUCAUCCUGAAGAAAAAGACUUUUUAUUGACGAUGGCGGAUGUGUUGGAAGCUCAGUUGCGGGCAAGAUUGGUUGUGUUGAGUUGCUGUCAUAGCGCUCGUGGAGAAAUAAAGGCCGAGGGGGUAGUUGGCAUUGCUCGAGCAUUUUUAGGCACAGGGGCUCGUUCCGUAUUGGUUUCCUUGUGGGGGAUUGAUGACGAGGCAACUUUCCAGUUCAUGAAACAUUUCUAUGAAGAACUAAUUAAAGGGAGGAGGGUCAGUGAUGCUCUUCACCAAGCCAUGAAAUGUGUAAAAGAGUCCCAAAAGUUCAGGGAAGUAAAGUACUGGGCACCAUUCGUUCUCAUUGGGGAUGAUGUCACUCUUGAGCUGAAUGGAACCGAUGCAGCCUAGAUGCUUCUUAAUGUAAAUAUAACUAUGGUUGCUGCGCGAGGAAGGUCGAUGAAAACUAGUGUGCUUGUCAACAAAGUCCACGUUUCAACUCGUGAAUGUCUUAAAAUUUAUAAACAUUACGGUUGAUCAUGGUUGCUAUGAAAAACAAAAUGAUUACAAGUUAUUUCUUGCGUUUUGUAAUUGAUCGUCAAUUUUUUGGUAACCGUAGUUCGGGUUGUACAACUCAGGUGCAAUCGUACUUGUAUUAAAUCUCAAAUCACUCGCCAUAGUUCUCCUCAAAUUGUACUUGGCUACAGUUAUCAUGAUCACACUACCAUUGUUAUUGACAAGGAUGCUGGUUACUUUGGAUCUACUCUGACCCUCCAAGUAUUAAUACCAAGUUUGUUACAAAGUGCAGCAAGUGUUGUUACGAAAUAAGACUGGUUAUUUUGUUACAAAGUGCAAUGGUCUGUUAUUACAGAGUGAGACAGGUACUAGGGAGCUUAAGCAACCCCGACGAAAGCGACGACGACGACGUCAAGUAAUCGC